AUGAUAGAAGCAGUGAUGGAUUAUUUUGAUAAAGAUGAGUUAGACUUGAAAAAGCUUUUAUCGGUAACUACUGACGGUGCGCCAGCAAUAGUUGGGAGUAAAAAAGAACUAGUUCACCUGAUGAGUAGCAAUGCAAGAUGUAAUGAAAAUUUGAUUUCCUACCACUGUAUUAUUCACCAAACUGUGCUUUGCUGCAAACUCAAACAUCAUUUUGAGCGUAUUAUGCAAGAAGUGAUGAAAAAAAUGAAUUUUCUUCGUGCGAAAUCAUCACUGCAGCAUCGUGAAUUGAAAUCAUUUCUUGAAGAAUAUAAUGCACAAUGUGACGAUCUACUGUUGCAUAAUAAUGUGAGAUGGUUAAGCAAAGGCUGCGUUUUAGAAAUAUUCUUCAGCAUUUUAGAACACUUGAAAACAUAUCUUUUUAAUAGUGAUCAGACUUCAGCAAACGUCUACUUAAGUUUUUUAAACGACAAAGAAAAUGUAGCUGCCAUUGCUUUCUUGACGGAUAUUUUUAAACAUAUCAAUGACCUGAACCUUAAACUUCAAGGCAAGGGAAAGCUUGUAUGGGAGCUCAUGGCAGGAGUAAAAAGUUUUUCGCGAAAACUUGACCUCUUUAUUAAUGAUCUUGGUAAUAAAUGCUUACACUUCCCCAAUUUAAAUAAAAUAAUCAGCAGGGACAACGAGAUUGACGUCGGGCAAUACAAGACGUUCAUUACGGAUCUUAAAUUGGAAUUUAAAAACAGGUUCGCAGAUUUUGAGAAAAUUGCGAAUGUUGUAGAAAUCCUCAGCAGCAUUUACUUUUCGCAUCCCGAUGGUGAAUGGAGCAACGAAGCUGCAAUUGUUUUCGGGAGUGAUAAAGCUACUCUGCAGAUGGAAAUGAUCGAUUUCCAAGAAAAUACAGUUUUACAACACAAAUAUGCGGAAGUUUCCAGUGAAGAGUUCUGGAUAAAAUUUGUGUGUGGUAAUAAAUAUCCAGAACUACAAAAAUUAGCUUUCAAACCACUGACUUUGUUUGGGUCAACAUAUAUUUGUGAAGCAGCAUUUUCGAAGAUGAACUUCAUUAAGAAUAAAUUUCGAUCUCGACUUACUAAUGAACAUCUCCAGGAUUUAAUGUUAAUAGCUUGCACCAAUUCUACUCCAAACUUCAGACAGAUAGUGUCUCAGUUCACGUGGCUGGGUAAUGAAAAGUACGCAAAAUUUGGGGACACGAGAGUUUCGAACGUUUUCUACGGUAUGCGCAUAUUGCUUUUCAUUGGUUAA